UAUAUGUAUCAUAUUGUUCAGAUUUUACGGUAUUGUGCACAUUACAUUUUACUUUGGUGAAAUAAUAUUAUUAUAUUACGAUUAGCUUUGGCACUUUGGCUAUUAAUUAUCAUUAUAUUAUUAUAACUUCAGUCUUCAAUAAACUACAGAAGUGUCUACCCAGACAACUGUUUUAUAGUAUAAUGUGGUCAAUUGUUGCUUUCAAAGACAAUUCCGUAGAAGUUGUCCCAUCAAAUUGGUUUAACAAUGAAAUGUGUGCUUGGCCAAAAAAAAAUUUAAGAUCAUACAUAGAUAGUCAAGUAUCGCCAAAUGAAAAAUGUUUUCGUUAUUUAAGUGCUCGCAAACUAGGAAAAGAUUUAAAUAAUUAUAAAAUUGCCGAGGAAAAAGCUAAUCUGGCUAAACUAACAUCUGAUUUGUCCACAAAUGAAUCUUCUCAAGAAAAUGACAAAAAUAAACCUAAAUUGAAAAGAAAACUAUCGCUUGAUAAACAAACUAAAGACAUUGCAAAUUUCUGGAGCCCAGAUUCUGGUGAUGUUUAUGAUGAUAGUGAUACUGAUCCACUAUACUCUCCAGCAUUAAAUACUGUUUAAGGUAAAUUGUCAUCGCCAAAACAUUUCUCAGCAAGGAAAAAAUUAGACUUCGGCAAUUGUUCUGCACGUAGCCCAUAUAUUAUGUCAAACAAAAUUCAAAAACUCAAAAAUCCUGAUCAAAUUCAAGAAAUUUCAAUUUUUGAUAGUAACAAACAUACUACGUCAAUCAUUAAUACUUCAUCAUCACCAUUUAAGGUGACUCAUGAAAAUUAUAUUGCAAGUACUUCUCAAUCUAGUCAA